CCCUGACUGUGUAAAUAGGUCACCAGCUGACUGAGGGGCGUAUACGUUUAUUGUGAGCCUUUAACGCGCGCUUUUCACGCACAAGCAAGAGCACUACCUUUAUGUGGUCUAUGCUACAUGCUAACUUAGCCACAGAUCCACAAAACACGAAUUCCCUCUGCAGUUAAUCGAUCCAGUCCGUUGUUUUCCGCGUCAGUAAGGAAGAACAUCAAGUAAACAAUAGCGUCCUGUAACCUUUUGCCAACCAACUCUGCAAUGGGCAAAAAGUCUCGCGAAGAGGACUCCUCAUCAUCGGAUGAAGAAGAGUAUGUUGUGGAGAAGGUGCUGGACAGGAGGGUGGUGAAAGGCAGGGUUGAGUUUUUUCUCAAGUGGAAAGGAUAUUCAGACAAGCACAACACAUGGGAACCAGAGAAGAACCUGGACUGCCCAGAGCUUAUUUCUGAGUUUAUGAAGACCUACAAGAAAAGUGGGAGCUCUACUUCAAGUAGUGGAGGCAGCAAGUCAAGCACAGCUCCCCCAGGACGCGCAAAAGACUCCACUAGCUCAAAGAAGAGAGGCUCUGAUGACGACGAGGAGGGUGGAAGCAAACCUAAAAAGAAAAAGGAGGAGGAAAUUCUAGUGGCCCGUGGCUUUGAGAAAGGCCUUGAACCAGAGAAAAUCAUUGGUGCAACUGACUCGUGUGGUGAUUUGAUGUUCCUAAUGAAGUGGAAAGACUCUGAUGAGGCUGACCUUGUGCUUGCCAAGGACGCCAAUCACAAGUGCCCGCAGAUCGUCAUAGCCUUCUACGAGGAACGCCUCACCUGGCAUGAAGACAGCGAUAAGAAGGAGAAGGACGCUGUCAGCGCGUGAAUUGCUCACCUCCAAAAGGAAAGAGCAACUUCCCAGCUACAGGGACAACCUUGAGUCAGACAUUUUUUUUCCUCCCUAACCCAUCCCCUCCUCUGUACAUUGUCCAACAAAGACACUAAUACAGUGGACACAGAUCCUCAGCCAUGACCCACUGGUGCUCAAGGGCCCACACUGCUGAGGAGGAUCCAUCACGCAGGAAAGGCUUUGGCAGAUAUGGGCGAUGAUGUCCUCUGGGAGUGUUUCUACUGUUUUGUCUUUGUAUUCGUCACCUUUUUUUUCUUUUUUAAAUAUUUGAAAUCAUCAUGUUUUGUAAUCAUGCCACUUUGGUAUUUUGCAUCCUCAAGCACAUUGAAGUCAGCUACAGGCUUCUGUGGGGAAAAAUUCAACAGUAAGCUUGUUACAAAAUGGGUGUAUGUACCCACUCCAAAUACACACACACGCACACCAUUCUACUGCUUCAAACGCAGCAUUUGCUUUAUAAUUCCCCUGUUUUUAACAGCAUACCAUCAAUAGAAACAAAAUACACUCAAGGGGUCAUAGGUCAUGGGCCAAUUAUGUCUUUUAAGGUAGUGACAAUUUACUUGUCUGUUUAAAAACUGUCAUUUCUUUACAUGUCAUACACUGUUGUAGUGUGUUUUUUUAUUUCUUGAUGCUAUUACAGAACAUGACAAUUACAAUAAAAUGACUUUUUGCUCGGAUUUGUUCUUUCCCUCCACCCAAUUAAACAGUAACAUUCUUUGGAUCACGUCAUCCUAACUAGAAACACCAGUGCAGUGGUGGAGUUCUGCCAUCUUGUGGCCAAAAAUAUAUAUAUGACCUGACUCAGUCUGAUGGUUGGCCUUACAGUUAUGUUUUGUUUUAUUCUUAAUACCUAUUGAAGUUUUUUGGGUACUAGUGGCAGAAUUGAGAUAUCACUUGAUCAGGCUCGCUCUGGCUUAUUGUAGGGAUUCAGCAACAGUCUUUAGUCCGUCCUGUUUUUAUCUUCAGCAAUUAAAAUGUAUAUUCUAGAUGCGUGAUAGUUUUGUAAUGUUCCAAAUGUUUUUUUUUAUACUAAUCAUUGAAGCUAUUUUAGCUUUCCAUUUGACAGUGAAUUGUAAAGUGAACGUUUUUCUUUCAUG